GCAUUCGUGUCGACUGUCACUGACCGUAUAGGUAUUUUCAAAAUGUUUUACGCAAAAAGUAUAAGCGGUGUAUUUACCAUCGUUACUUUAUUAAUAGCGCCAAUAAUAGCAGAAUGGAAUACACAAGACUAUAUUCGAAGGGAACAUUCAUUAACGAAACCUUACCAAGCAAGUGGUAUGGCCAUGCCUUACUGGGACUUUUUAGGUAGCACGAUAGUUACUUCAAAUUAUGUUCGACUCACACCUGAUCUACAAUCAAAAUCAGGCGCAAUUUGGAAUACUCAUCCAUGCCACACUCGCAACUGGGAUUUGCAAGUGCAGUUCAAAGUCCAUGGACGUGGUAAAGACUUAUUCGGCGAUGGUUUCGUAAUUUGGUAUGUGAAGGAUCGUAUGCAGCCUGGACCUGUGUUUGGGAGUAAGGAUUACUUCAAUGGACUCGCUAUUGUCAUGGACACGUACAGUAAUCAUAAUGGUGCUCAUAAUCAUCAGCACCCAUACAUAUCAGCGAUGAUAAACAACGGUACACUGCACUACGAUCACGACAGAGACGGUACCCACACGCAAGUGGCGGGUUGCGAGGCAAAGUUCAGGAAUUACAACCAUGACACAUAUAUAUCUAUUGUGUAUAGAGAUGAUACUCUUAUUGUAUCAACAGACCUAGAAGGCAAGAACGCAUGGAAGGAGUGCUUCAAAGUCGAGAAUGUUCUACUACCAACUGGUUACUUCUUUGGAGCCUCCGCUACCACGGGCGACUUGAGCGAUAACCAUGACAUUGUAGCUAUUAAGAUGUAUGAGCUGGAUUUGUUGGAAUCGCAAAACAAGAACGAAGACAGAUCACACAUAAUACCAUCAGCGGCGACGUUCGAAGCGCCGCGGGAAAGGAUAGAAGACAACAAGCCCGCCAUGUCGGGCGUUAAAACCUUCCUCUGGAUGAUGUUUAUAGCCAUUGUAAUUAUCGUACUAGUUGUACUCGGCAUCAUGUGGUACCAGAAACGACAAGAAACAUCCAGAAAACGCCUUUAUUGAUCAAAAUAUUGAAUAUACUGGCAACAUUUGUGGUCUGUCAAGACUCUGUUUUAUCUGUGAAAUGUAGGUGACUGGAAUAUUUUUUGUCUGUGGCGCAGCUGUCACUUGUCAUGUUUUGAAUAUGUAGGUAAUGUAAUGAUGGGUAAAAUUAAAUGUAAUAGGGAACAAUUUGAUGAAUUGUAAGUGUAGUUUAGAAUUUUAUACCUACAUGAUAAAAAAUACAAAAUUUUGAAGCAAUAAAUAUAUUGUCUAAGUAAUUCUUUGAAUGGAGUUGGUUCGAAUAAUUGAAACCCAAAAAUAUGAUAGACUGAAUAAUUCUAAAAUUAUAAUUUAUUUAUACUUUGCUGGUCC